AUGAACAAUCCGAUGAUGGAAUUACCAUUGGUGAUUAAUAGUCUAAUAGCCACAGAUUCGACAUAUAUUGACCAACUUUCAGCAGAGGAAUAUUUCGCCGAAGACGUCGAAUUUCGACAUCCAUUGGUCGCGGUGAACAGUGGCGUGAAUUCCCGUGAGAAUAUGUUAUUGGUCUACAAGUAUUCAAAAGGUCUUACAUGGAGUAAUCGUAUAGAAGUGCAUCAUAUUUGGUUUGACGAAUCAAAACAAAUUGGCUUGGUACAAUACACACAACACAUCCGACCAUUAUUGUUUCCAUACUUGAGUGUCACAAUGAAAACAAUUACGCAAUUGGAAUUCACAAGAAGUGCCAACAAGAAAUGGUUAAUUUCGCGUAUCGAAGACGUAAUCCCAAACGAAGAUCUAUUGAACGCGGUGAUCCCACAUUCGCGUCCUUUCGUAAAUUAUUUUAAGGCGUUGGGAGGACUGGCUGCCGUUGGAAUUGGCAAUAUUUUUGAAAAAGUGGGGUGGUGUUAA